AAAAUACUAGACUGUCAGAAUUGUUGCGGAUUAAUUUUCGACUAAUCGACUAACGUGUGGCCUUGCUUGGACCAUUAUGGUCAAAUCCUCCAAAUACUGGCAACCGCUUACGUGGCUGCGUGACGCGUUUGGGUGUUGUCGGAAUUGUUGAGGUUACUAUUUGAAUUAAUUAACUUGUAUUCCAUAUGAUAAGUGAAAGCUGUUUUUUCUAACGCAUUUGCUUAGUAUGUUAAAAUAGUAUACAGACUAAACGACAGUUUGUAUUUAUGGGGUUUAUCAGUGAAGCGAAUAUCUGCUAUUACUUGAUUAACAUUAUUUACGAGCUUUUUAGCAUUCCUCGAAGGCACCAUUUUCCCAAGGAGCAGAGUGAGGGGACGGUCUGCGUAUGCGGUAUGUUAUAGCAGUAGCAUAACUGACCUCAGACGAAUAUAUUUUCUACUAUUUUACUGCAUUAUGAACUUAUUUGUGCACAAAGUGAGUUGUUUUACUCUGAGGCGGAAUAACGAGUAAGUUGACAGAGCUUUUCUAGCCGGCCUGCUGAAUUUCCUCAUCCAGAAAAGUUGGUGCCAAGGAGCUAAAAUGCCGAAUGAAGUCAAGCAGAGAAAAAAGACUCCCAAACUAAGUGAUGAAGCGACUGAAACCUCCACCACAAACGGUAAAGAUGAAACCCAGAAAGAGAAGACGAACGGAAACCAAAAAACAUCCUCGAGUCUAGACUUGAAGAGUAUAUGUUGCUUUUUGUCGCUUGUUGCAUGUGGAGCUCUGAGUUGGGUGGUCCUGCAACAGAAUGAGAGGUUUUCUGAAAUAGAAGAAAAGUACAGAUUAUUACAUGGGAAGACCUCGAGCCUGUUCGACAUGGAGGAUGAAGUCCUCAAGGUUUCCAAAAAGUGUGAGAGUGUCCAGCUGAUGCUGGAGGGUCUUGAUGGUCAGAAAGGAGCUCUACAGCCUCAUCUGGAGGCCUUGGCGCAGGAUGUCACCCAGCUGAAGGACUGGGCAUCUGGGCUGACUGAGAAGAGAACUCAGCUCCAAACUAGCCUGACAGCACUGAGAGAUGCCAUUGGACAGAUUGAAGAACGCACUUCUGCUAUCACAAAGGACUUUACCAACAAGGUGGCGUCAGUGAGGACAGAUGUGCGCAGGAUGGAUGGUCUGAAAUCUGAGCUGGAGUCUCUACUAACUCAGGUUGAGGAGCUUGAAGACAAGACAGCUCAGGUUGAGCGCAGUAUGGUCAAACGCAUUGGAGAUCUGCUGGCCAGCAGCAUAGACCGAGUCUCCAAUCUCCGUUCUUCAUCUGACCGCAACACACAAGCCAUAGAUCAGCUCCGCCGCCGCAUCCCUGAGCUCACCACUGCUGACAAGCAGAUCUCCGACCGUUUGACGGAGCUAGAGGGUGGCCGGGCCCGGCUGAUAAGAACAGUGACCUUUGCCAGUGACCUUAAACCAAAGGUUGCUGCCAUUAAGAGGGAUUUUGGGGCUUUUGAGCCUCAGCUGUCAGACCUGACUCUGCGGAUUGGGCGACUAGCAGAGGAUCUCACCAAAAGAGAGCAAGAGAUCGCUGAGCUUAGACAGACACUGGCAAACCUCACUGCAGUACAGGGUGACCUAGGUGUUACAUCUAAGCAAGUUAGUGAAAUAGCAGAUAUGUCUGAUAUUGGAGAGACACAUAAGCCAUCAUAAGCAACACAACCUCAGACAAGAGGAGACUGAUCAUUUUCCAGUGUUUUUUUUUUUUUGUUUUUUUUUUUAGGAUUUUGGCUGGGUUUGGUUGAACUGCUGUUGAAAGGUUAAGUGAAAUUAAAAAACAGGUUUACCUUGGCUUUCUGAACAGGCUUCACAGCCUGACAGCCUGUCUGUCUGCAUUUCUGACAGUUGUAACAUGAAUAUGAAGUUUGCUUCUUGUUAAGCCAGUUCAUGGUUAUGAUUCCCAUGUGUACAGUGUGAAGAUGCAACUGUUUUUUUGUUUUGUAUUUUCAACUUUGAACAAGCACAUUUUCAUCUGGAACAACAUAGAAAAAAUAUUUUUAUUCUCUUGAAUUCUGUUUGAUUGUGUCAGUACCCUUUUGUCUAGAGAAGCAAAUUCUAAGAAGUGUUACUUUUCUAGUGUAAAUGUGAUGGAAGGUUUUAAGUACUGACAUUAAGUAAUUGGCUCACGAUUAUUCCUACCACAAAUGCUUAGGUGUCACUGAUGUGAUAGUGAAAUGUCUUCAGAACAACACUUAAAACCAUAUCCAUUAUCUUCCUCUGAAUAAUUAAAUAGACCAACACUU